CGUCAGGUUCACAAACAAAACUUUUUUGCCAAUAUUAUUUUCAGGGAUUCACUACACUUAAGUUUGAAACGCAGUAUUAUAUUACAUUGGACUAUUAGCACGUAGCAACUAAAAGAAAUAAAUUAAGAAAUCAUGAAGACCAAGAAUCAUACUAAACAUUUGACUCCACAAAAUAUAAUAACAACAUACAAAGAAAGAGUUUCAUAAAGUUUUGAUGGAUCUAUUGAGUGGAGGUGCUGUUGGAGCUGUGAUGGGAGAGAUUGUAAAACAUGCUAUUCAAACAAUCAAAAAGGGUCGAGACUUUGGUCCAACACUUGAAAUGAACAUAGAAACUUUGAACACUUUAGCACCUUUAGUAGAAGAAAUGAAAAGGUACAGUGAUUUAUUGGAUCGAUCCAGAGAUGAAAUAGAGAGGUUAGAGAAACACAUAACAGAGGGUCAAGAGCUUGUAACAAAAAGCAAGAAACUUAACCGAUGGAAGUUUCCUUCUUUCCCACGUUACCAAUCAAAGCUUCAGAAGAAAGAUGAGGCUCUUCAGAGACAUUUGUCUGUUAAUGUUCAAGUUGAGAAUAGAAGGGAUUUGAUGGAAGUGUUGGGUAAGGUGAAUGGAAUUCUUGAGAUUUUGAUGAGAAAGGAGAAUUUGGGUCAGUUUAAUAAUAAUAAUAUUGGGAAUCAAAUAAAGGGUUUGAAUGGUGCUCCUGAAGAGCCUGAAUGUUUGGGAAUGGUUGAGCCGUUAAAUAAGUUGAAGAUUGAAUUGCUUAAGGAUGGUGUUUCUGUACUUGUUUUGACUAGUUUGGGUGGUUCAGGUAAAAGCACACUUGCUAAGAAGAUUUGUUGGGAUCCACAAAUCAAAGGAAAGUUUGAUGGAAACAUCUUCUAUGUUACCGUCUCAAAAACUCCCAAUUUGAACAACAUUGUAAAAACACUAUUUGAACACUGUGGAAGUCAGGUGCCUGAGUUUCAAAGCGAUGAAGACGCAAUUAAGCAACUGAGACAUCUUCUGAGGAAGGUUGGGAGAAAUCCAAUAUUAUUAGUCUUAGAUGAUGUUUGGCCUAGAUCAGAAGGCCUUGUUAAGAAGUUCAAAUUCCAAAUGUCAGAGGAGGAUCUCAAAGGGAAAAAAUUUGUUGAGGAAGAAUCUCAGUCUGAAGAAGAUGAACACCUUUGUGAAAUUGAUGAGGAGGAAGAUGAGCAUCGCAAUCAAGUUUGGCCUCAGAAAGAUGGGAAUCAUGGUAAAGUUCGGCUACAUGAAGAUAAACUGAUGAAAAUCAACGUCGUGCAAAAGAUCAACUUGAGGAAGAUGAGCAACCUGCAAGGACAAUUCAAGAAAGUUUGA